GCCUGCUCCUCCCGGAGGAGCCACCGCACAGGGCGCGGCACUUCCAGUACUUCGGCUGGCCGGACUACGGCGUCCUCGGCUUCCGGGACGAGAUGAACCGGGCCCAGAGCAGCGAGCCGGGGGCCGGGCCCAUGGUGGUGCCCUUCAGCGCGGGCAUCGGACGCACCGGCACCAUCAUCGUGAUUGACAUUCUGGCGGACGUCAUCCGCAGGCGGGCUCGAGCCGCCCCAGGAGCGCGAGAACCAAAAAGUGGACACCGCCCCCCGCGAAUCGGCUUGCAGCCCCCGGCCCGCGUCUCCCCGGGCGCCCGCAGUGACCCCGCAGCCCUGGACACGAACCUGCAGAGCCGCGGGUGUUUGAGGAGCCCGCGUGGGGCCGGAGCCGCGGGCCGGGACUGUGUCCGGGACGGAGCCACAAGCUGUCCUCAACUCAGGGAGGCCCAGAGGCAGCAGAGGGAGCGGCAGGCGGCGAAGCCCACCCGUGACCACGUGUGCGCCACCAGCUCAGCCACUCAGUGCGGGUCUGAGCGGCCAGGACACCAGGCUGCCCUCACCGCAGCUCCGGUCUGCCGGCCCUGCCUGCUCCUGUGGUCUGGGAUGUGGCCCCAUCAGUCACAAGGUGGAUGUUUGUGGAGUGAGGUGGGUGUGACAUAUUCAUGUGACCACCCGUGCAGCGUCACGCGCCUGGCCCUCCCGAUGACAAGGGUGUGGGCCUGCGUGGGCAUGACUGCGUGUGUGACACAGAGUGAUGUCGCUGUGACCUGUGGCUGCACUCCCCACAUCACCGGCUUUGCGGCCUUCCCGUGAAGUGCUGUGUUCUCCCUUCUGUGUCUUUGUUGGGACCUGGGGCAAGGGUGGGUGUGGUGCCCACAGCCGCAGUCAGCUUCUGUGGGGCCUUCCUGAACCCUCCCCAUCCUGGAUCAGAGGCCCAGCUGGUUGGAGCAGGAAGUACCUGGGCUCUGGGGUCAGGGAUGAGAAGGCUGAGGAGGCCUGCAUGAGCUGGAACUGGCCUGGGCCCUCCUGGCCGUGCCUGCCUGGUGGUGCAGGAUUCCUGGGGCUGAUGACAGACGGGGUAGGGCUGGGGUUGGCAAGCCUCCUGCCCAGCCUUCACGAAGCUGCACUCUGCCUCUGCCCUAGCCAGGCUGGCUCUGGAGUUGCCGGAGGGUCUGUGGAUCUGCUGGCUGCACGCUGGCUGUUACCUUUGCUUCUGGGUUCCCACAGGGGUCAUGGGUUCUGUGGCUCUCCAGUCAGGGACCCUAGCAGGCCAUGGGGCAUGAAUUCCUGGAGGUGUGGCCUAGUAUGGCCACAGUGGGGGAUGGGGGAAGAGAAAGGCCCCCUUUGUCAGCCACUGGGCUCUGAGCCAAGCUGAAGCCCUCCCCCUGGUCAGGCCCCAAGCAUCCCGGGGGAGCCUCACACUGGUGAGUCUCCAGCCAACUCCAGAAACCCCCAGCCUGUCCGUAGCCAGAGGGACUGGGAGUUGGACCCCCUGGAACCUUGGGCCCACCUGUCCCAGUGUCUGCUGGGAGUCUAAUCCUGUCAGGGUAUCAUCUGGGUUGAGGCUGCAGCAGGGGAACCCAAGGUGAGGCUCUCUUACCAAA